AUGAAAUUAAUUUAUGUUACUUUUAUAAGAUUUAUAUUUUUUAUUUAUGUACAUGGAAAAUUAAAUAUAGAUAUUUUUCAAAAACUCGUUAACAUCGAUAUAGAAUAUAUAAAUGUUUAUAAAAAUGAUAUAGAAAAGAAAUAUAUGAAAAAGCCGGAUAGCUUAAUAUAUGAACAUGUGAGUAAAUAUAUUAAUUUAAAAAAUAAUUAUGUAGAAAUUGUUUUAAAAGGGAAAUUAAAAAAUGUGCAAGAUACGCUAGUAGAAAGUUUUCUUUUUUUAUUACCUUACCAUGAGGCAUACCAGGGAACCAACUUGUAUGCCCUUGAUAAUGAAGGAAAUGUUCUUAAGCAUAAUAUUUUAAAAGAUACAAAAGAUAUAGAAGAAAUGAACAUAGAUCCAUUUAAUGAUGAUGUUGACAUAUCACAUUUUAAUAUAAAAGUAUAUGAAAUAAUAUUGAGUAGAAAAUUAAAAUUAGAAGAAACUGUUCUUGUUAAAUUAUCGUAUACACUAGGUCAGCCUUAUUUCCCAUAUCCCUUAGAUAUAGAUUUUAUAGAUAAACAAAAUGUAUUAUUUUAUUUAUCUUCAAAGAUUUUGUUACCAUAUCAAGUUGAAAAAUAUGAACGGAUAGAAAUAAAUUUAUGUGAGGUUUGUGAUAUUGUAAGCUUAGAUGAUGCAUGCUUUUUAAAAGGCUUAAAAAAAAUAAAUGAUAAAAAUUACAUUAUUGAAUAUGAACAUAAUAUAGAAUCAUUUAAUUUAGGAAACAAGAUUUUAUUAUAUUUUGUGUGUGAUUAUAAUUUAGGUUAUUUUGAAAAAGUAAUAAAAAAUAUUAACAUAUCAUCAUUAGGAUAUAUAUAUGAAAAGGAAGAAUACUUUUUAAAAAACAAUGCGGCAAAAAUAAAUAAAUUUGAUAGAUAUAUAUUAAGUGAUUAUGAAAGUAGAUAUACCUCAUAUGGAGGAUCUAAUACAGGGGAAGGAAUUAAGGGUUCAGAUAAUAUUGGAUUUAUAAAUGUGGAGAAAAAAAAUGGUACGGUUGAUAAUAUUCCCAUUAAAAAUAAUUCAAAGUCUAAUUUUCCUAGGAACAAGACGGAUAAUCAUAAUAGCAUUAUAUAUUCUCUUGAAUCGAAAAUUGAUUAUAACAUUUACGAUUACAAUUACUUUGAUGAUCUAGGAAAAAUAUAUUUAAUUCGAGGUGAAGAGAUAUAUGAUGAUGAGAAAAAAAAAAACAUUUUAAAAUUUGAUGUAAAACCUAGAUAUCCUUUAUUAGGCGGUUGGAAAUUUCAUUUUUUUAAUACGUUUUAUCAUUAUUCUAACUUAUAUAGAAUAAAAAAUAAAAGAAAUGUGUAUGCAUAUAAAGUAGAUAUUUCUCCAACAAUUAAAAGUUUUUAUAUUAAACAAUUAAAUAUAAAUAUAUGUUUCCCAUCUUAUUCUUAUGAUGUUUUAAUAAAUAAUGAUCAUCUUAAAAAUUAUGUACAUGUACAAACUACCAAAAAAAAGGAAUGGAUCGAUUUUUUUUCUGAACGAAAUGUUGUUACAUUGCAAAUAUAUAAAUUCUUUCCUACAAACGAUGAAAAAUAUAUCAACAAUUUUCUUGUCAUGUACAAUCUUCCCAUAUCUCACAUUUUUAUUAAACCACUCAUCUUGAUAAUUAUAACUUUCUUUAUAAUCUUUUUCUCAUUCGUUAUGAAGUACAUCUCCUUCAA